CCGCUCUCCAGUUCACGUGUCACCGCGGCCAGCAAACCGGGAGUGAACGUCACAUUCCUGCAUUCCCCCUUUUCCCUUGGACGUCGGAGUCUCAGCUACCGCUACGUAGCUAACCCUCUUCCCCGCUUCUCUCCCGGAGAGGAAAAACAACACCCAUGACGCGGCGGCUUUGACCUCAGGAGGAGAUCCCGGGUUCACCAGGAGGCCGAGUCUCUCUUCGGGUCACUUUCCUCCUCCCCUCCCUCCCCCCUCACCGCCGGUCACAGCCGUGGUUGCCAUGGAGAACUCUUCGGUGGCGUCUGCGUCGUCCGAGGCCGGGAGCACGCGCUCGCAGGAGAUCGAAGAGCUGGAGCGCUUCAUCGACAGCUACGUGCUGGAGUACCAGGUGCAGGGGCUUCUGGGAGACAAGGCCGACGGAGACUUGGACGCUGACAGCGACAUCAAGGUGCCGGAGCAAAUGACGGCACCUUCUCCACCUAUUUAUCUCCACCAGUGGACAGAUGACUGUAACUACAAGAAAGAUGGCAGCUGGGCGUCUUCAAGGGGAAGAGGCUCGACCAAGCUGGACGAGUGGGAGCACAGCAGCAACGGCAGCACCGGCUCCAGGCCCAGCUCGGGCUCCAGACCCGGGUCCGGCUCCCGCUCCGGCAGCAGGGGCAGAAACAACCAGUUCACAGGCCCCACCAUGAACGGGAACAGAGACGGCUCCUUGGACAUCCUGGGGACAGACAUAUGGGCCGCCAACACAAUGGACUCAUGCGGAGGUGCUGGUUGGGACAUACAGCCAGAGAAGCUGGACUUCAGCCACUUCCACAGAAAACACCUCCGAGGAAUACCAAAGCACCUGCCCCACAUCGACAGAGAAGGGAUGAACAAAAACCAGUUUGAGGAAGAUGACGGCAUAGACAUGAACGACAUAGAGAGGUUUCUGCCCCAUCUGCGAACCGUCUUCUCACCCCUUCCUAAUGAGGCAGAGAUCGCACACACCAAAAAGCUCUUCCGACGCAGGAGAAAUGACCGACGAGCGGUUGAUCAGUUCACCCGAGACCAGUUAACCGUGCUUCUGCCUACUGGCCCCGGGGGGAAGCGGCAAGUCUCAGCCAGGAGACAACAGCGGCCUCAGGGAGAUGGAGGAGGAGGGGGAGGAGGAGGUGGUGGUGGAGGAGGAGGAGGAGGAGGAGGAGGUGGACGAGGGAAGAACCAACCUCAGCUGAUACAGCAGCAGUCACCGCAGCACCAGAGGGGACGUCCCCAGCAUCCAUCUCCAAACCAGCAGGAGCAGAAUCUCACGGGAGGAGACAACAGAAUCAGUGCCGGUCGGCCGCCUCGCCAGUACCAGGAGUCACCCGCCCAGGGGAUCCCGCACCACGGGUACAGCCAGACGCGCUGGCCCCCAAGUCAAAAGGGCAGGGCACGACAGACAAUCACGGCCGACAAAGGAGUCCCCGCAAGAACUACCAAAGAGACGGAGAAUGUAAACCGGGGAGGAGCCGAUCAGACGGCCCCCGACAGCGGCGGCAAGAGCCCCGCCGAGUCGCCCGGACCGGAGUCGACAGCCGGCACAAACGCCCGGCCACAUCCGGCGGUCCGGAAGGAGUCUCCCAAGGCGCCAGGAGGUGGGAAGGUCGGCGGGGGCCAGUCGCAGCAGCAGCCCAGAAUCAACCUGCUGCAGUCGUCCAAGGAGAGGCUGAGGAGGAGGCUAAAGGACAAGGAGGAGGCGCGCGUGGAGGCGCCGGGCUCCGGCUCGCAGAGCAUGGACCGCCUGGUGGACCUCCUCAACAGCAUGAGGAGCAACAGCAGCGGGGUGGAGCAGCAGCUGGCCUCCUUCAUGGAGGAGGCGCAGUGCUCGGCGCGGUCCGAGGAGGCCCUGGCCCAGGUGGUCAGCACCAUCUACGCCAAGGCCGUGUCGGACCGGAGCUUCGCCUCCACGGCCGCCAAGCUCUGCGACAAGAUGGCGCUGUUCAUGGUGGAGGGGACCAAGUUCAGGUCGCUGCUCCUCAACUCGUUGCAGAGGGACUUUGCCUGUCGGGAGGAGCUCCAGCAGUCGGAUGUGGAGCGGUGGCUGGGUUUCAUCACCUUCUUGUGCGAGGUGUUUGGCACCAUGAGGAGCAGCUCAGCGGACCCCUUCAGGGUGCUGGUGUGUCCAAUCUACACCUGCCUGCGAGAGCUGUUGGAGUCCACGGAUAUCAAGGAAGACGCGGUCCUGUGCUGUUCCAUGGAGUUGCAGAGCAUGGGGCGUCUCCUGGAGGAGCAGCUGCCGGAGAUGAUGACGGAGCUGCUCGCGGCCGUCCGGGACAAGAUGCUCAGUCCGGCCGAGUCGCCGCUGAGCCGCUCGCUCCUCAUGGAGGUCAUCGAGCUGCACGCACAUCGCUGGAGCCCCCUGGAGGCUCUCACCACCCAAUACUACGACCGCACCAUCCAAAAGCUCACCACCACUGCCUAGGUGCCGGCUCGCACAGGAGAAGAGGAGGAGAGAAACCCCCCCCCCCCACCCCCCCUCACACACCCAUCCCAAGGAAGCGUUUUUCCGGUUGACCACCAAAACAGAGUUUAUUUGUAUAAAUUGCUAGUUUCUCUACAAAGAAGAUGAACCCGCACUUCG